AGGGGUUAUGCUUCUUUGCCGCCCCUCUCCCUUUAAUAUAAUGGAGGAAAGGGAAGGAGAAGUUAAUAAGCCCAGGGUCUGGUGGGUUACGCGGUCGCCCAUGCGGCUGUGGGACUCCAUUUCCCAUCAGCCCCAGGAAGCCUGGCUCAUGAACAUCUUUCCAGACCAUGCAGCGGGAGCAAAGCCCAGCAGCUUCCCUCAUUGACAGAACCAUCAAGAUGAGGAAAGAAACUGAAGAGAGGAGAGUGGUCUUGGCGUGGGGACUUCUUAACCUGUCAGUUGCCGGCAUGAUUUACACUGAAAUGUCUGGAAGACUAUUAUGUUCAUAUUACAACAUUUCAUGCUGGCUGCUAUGGUAUAUUGAACUUGCACUUGCCUCUUUGUUCAGCCUCAAUGCUUUAUUUGAUUUCUGGAGAUACUUCAAGUAUACAGUGGCUCCAACCAGCUUGGUGAUGAGUCCUGGACAACAGACUCUCCUGGGGUUGCAGAAUGCAGUGGUACAGACAACUCCGCCAUGUCAACUGACGCCAAAGAAAACUCCUCCUUGCACUCCUUCUCCUCCUAUUCAGGGGCAGAGUGUGCUGAGCUACAGCCCUUCCCGCUCACCUAGUACCAGCCCUAAGUUUGCCACAGGCUGCAUUUCUGGCUACAGUCCGCAGCUUCAAGGUCUAUCAGGCAGCAGCGGUUCAUAUGGCACUGCCUUGACUUAUUCCCCAGGAAGCAGCUACAAUAAGGGUCCAGCCUUCAGCCCUUCAUCAGGCACUUCCCCCUAUCCCACCAGCAUUGGGCCAAUGGACAGCAGUGGAACAAGGUCACGGUACCGUUCUUCACCCAUCAUAUACAAUUCCCCUGCUGGCAAGGAAGACUAUAUGACAGAUCUCAAGUCCCUUGACACCUUCCUUCGAAGUGAGGAAGAGAAACAGCAUAGGGUUCAACUGGGGAGCUCAGACUCUAGUUCUCCAUCUAACAGUCCAACCUUUUGGAGCUACAGCCGAUCCAUGGCCGAUUGUGCUCAGAUGCUCAGGAAGUUCCAGUACCAGCCUGCCUGCCGAUCCCAAGCCCCUUCAGCCCACAAAGAUGAAGCUGAUCUGACUUCCAAGCAGGCUGCAGAAGAGGUUUGGGCACGAGUUUCUGCGAGCAGACAACUGCUUGACCACAUAGACUCCUGGACUGCUAAGUUCCGCAACUGGAUUAAUGAGACAAUUUUAGUACCUCUUGUUCAAGAAACUGAGUCUGUGAGCACUCAGCUGCGGAGGAUGGGAUGCCCAGAACUGCAGAUUGGAGAUGCCAGUAUCAGCAGCCUGAAGCAAGCUGCCCUGGUGAAAGCACCACUCAUUCCUACUCUGAAUACAAUUGUGCAGUACCUGGACCUUACACCCAACCAGGAAUAUUUGGUUGAAAGGAUCAAAGAGCUUUCUCAAGGAGGGUGCAUGAGUUCAUUCAGGUGGAAUCGAGGCGGAGACUUCAAAGCACGCAAAUGGGAUACUGAUUUGCCAACAGACUCAGCAAUCAUUAUGCAUGUGUUCUGCACAUACCUGGAUGCCCGUCUACCACCUCAUCCAAAAUACCCUGAUGGCAAAACAUUCACCUCCCAGCACUUCAUUCAGACACCUGACAAACCAGAUGUUUCAAACGAAAACUUGUUUUGCAUCUAUCAAAGCAGCAUCAACCCUCCCCACUAUGAACUUGUUUACCAACGGCAAAUGUACAAUCUUCCCAAGGGCAGAAACAACUUGUUCCACACCUUGCUUAUGUUCCUGUACAUCAUAAAGACCAAAGAGUCUGGAAUGUUGGGGCGUGUCAAUCUUGGUUUAUCCGGUGUGAACGUUCUGUGGAUUUUCGGUGACUAGUUAAUUUUCCAGUUAUUGUAGAAGAACUGCUGGACAGAGGAGGAAAAACAUCUCCAUCUGUUGAGGGAAGAAAAGUUGGCAGCUUGUUAUAAUCUGCUGUCUUGUAAGCAUGAUUUGGGUACAAAGUAAGAGUUCUUCAAAACAAAACAACAAAUCCAACACUGUAUUUGAAUGAAUAGGAAAUACUUUUUAACACUGAAGCCAAAGCAUCCCAGUGCUCAAUAUCACUUGAAGAUCAUAGCAGGAAAGUUUCACUGUUUGUGGAUUAAGAGAAUUGCAGCUUUGGCUAUCACUGCAUCUGCUGAGACAAAUUGCUACUUCUAGAGAGAAGGGGAGAAAGAUGCCUUCAAUGGAAACUAAUCUGCCCACCCACAUCUGUCUCCAAAGAUGUGGAGACAAAUGAACAUUACUGAACUGGACACAGAGCAUCCAAGUGUGGUGUGAACUUGGGGUUUUACUAGAAGAGAAAAUGGGUCAGAAAAUGUGCAUCUGAGUGCAAGGCCUUAAACUGUGGGAAUACAAUAAAGCCAGGAACAUCCAGGUACUCUUGGUCAGAAAGGUAUGUGCGAUACAUUAGUAGUACAUAAGUGACUUGAUGUACUUUGUUUUUAAAGUGACAGUACUAUAGUUCACCCAGCAGCUCUACAGCUCUCAUUUUCUCUGAAAAUACUGAGAACAGGAUUCUCAAGAAGAAUAUGACAAGUGUUAUUUUCAAGAGAGGGAUUGCUGCCAUCCUUCAGUACAUCAGAGGUGUGUAUGUGUGUUUCUGAAAGAUGGGAAGGUAGGAAGAGAAUACCAACUACAUAGAAUUACAUAAAAGGGCAUGUUUUAAAAUUACAUAGAUUUUUUUUCUUGUCUGAAUAUCUCAAUAUUUUGGGAGAAUAUUUUGGACUCAAAUUUUGGAUUGGGAUUAUCUCCCCCCCCCCCCCUCUUUAUUGGUUUCUAAAUCUCUGGGAGAGUUUCCCUUUUUUCCACACUGCAUUGCAAAUACAAAGCUUUCCAUUAAUCCAUGAACUGAGCAGAUAGGCUGCAUUCCUAUUUACAUGAUAACAAGGAAUGAAGCUGUCCUAUAAGUCAUACUAUCCAGAAACCACUAGCAAUCAUUUUUCUUUUAGAAAUAAGUGGGGGUGAUUGGGAAAUAAAACUUGACUGAACAGAUAUCCAUUCCUUUGGUUGACCUAGAAAAGCUUUAUAAUCAGCUGGAUGGACAUAGUCCACCAGGAAUGUUUCCUGGCCAAGUCCUUUUGACUUUUCCAUGCCAGCCAGGGCUGCUGAAGAAACCUUCCCAGUGAGUUUGGGAUAUCUUGAGGGCCAUUGUACAGCUGUACUCUUCUAGAUCCUGAGUGAUGAGAAAAACAUUGCUACCCACCGUGCCUGAACAUGGAAAGGCACUUUGCUGUUAAAAUUGUGGUGAAAGAAAACCCAAACAGAAAGCUAGCAUAUACAUCAUAAUGUGCAAGCAUGUGACACAAAACUAUUUCAAGCCUUCAAAAAAACAGUAGUUUUUAAAGCUAUUUUUUCUUAACUUUUACGUUCAUUUAAUUAUUCUCACUUAGGAGGUCCAGGGAAUUACAGACAUGAAACUUUGGGGCCAGAAUACAAUUCUGUAGAAGAUUGCCAAAAAAAUUCCCAGUGGUUGUGGCAAGCUCUGAGUCAUACAAAAUACUUGUCAUGGCCACUGUGUAAGUUUUGUCAGUGGUGUGUUCUCCACUGUAUUUUGUACACAUAGGCGGGUUACAGACCGCCAGAAAGUACGUGACGAGCAUGUACUAGGGUUAGGAAGGGGAGGUGCUUCCGCACCCCUCUAACCCUAGUACGCGUUCCGUGCACACAAAAUGGCGGCGGCUGUUCCACACGGCCACCGCCAUGAUUACGUCACGACCGCGCUGCCUCCACACGAGGCGCUGCGGUUGUGACGUAUUGAGGCUGCGCCACAGCACAUAGUGCGCUUUUUCUCCGGCCCCAGAAGGAGCACGAUUUCCGUGCUUCUUCCUCGGAGUGUCCGGGAGACACGCGGUGUGGCAGCUGCAGCUCCCAGACACUGCAAGCGGCGGCGGCAGGAGAGCGCCGCUUCUCGGCAGUAUGUAACCCGCCAUAGGCAGGCAGAGGAGAUGGCCAUGGGCGUCAGAUGCUGCUUUGGUAGCUAAUAAUCUUUUAUAUCCCAUCAGUGUGACAGUGGCCUUUGACUGACACUUUUCCAUCAUUCCCAUGCUUUCCUCAAGGAGAUGGGACCUUGGCUGAUAUUUCAGUGCUGUCAUUAAAUGGACUAUUUUUUGUUAA